AUACGAUCUUGGGCUAUGUCCGAGGGAUUCCGAACAUCACCGAGGGCCCGCCCCUUCCCCCGCCCGGUUCUGUCCGCUUGUCCUUCCCCCUCACUAUCAGGCUGGAGCUUCGGGCACCACGGCGCGCAACACAACACACUGACAGCUGAGACUCAGCCACAACCGAGAGGAGGAAAGAUGGAGCACAGAGACGCUGACUUCAACAUACUGUUAGCGACCGAUUCAUACAAGGUAACACAUUACAAACAGUAUCCCCCCAACACGAGUAAAAUGUACUCUUACUUUGAGUGCCGCGAGAAGAGGACGGAUUCUACCAAAAGCAGAAAAGUCAAGUACGACCAAACUGUAUUUUAUGGCCUUCAGUACAUCCUCCACAAAUACUUAAAGGGAAAAGUAGUGACUCCAGAGAAAAUUCAGGAGGCGAAGGAGGUGUACAGAGAACACUUCCAGGAUGAUGUUUUCAACGAGAAGGGCUGGAAUUACAUUUUGGAGAAGUACGAUGGACACCUGCCCAUUGAAAUCAAAGCGGUGCCUGAAGGAAGCGUCAUCCCUCGAGGCAACGUUUUGUUCACAGUGGAGAACACAGACCCUGAAUGCUACUGGCUGACCAACUGGGUGGAGACUAUCCUGGUUCAGAUCUGGUACCCCAUCACCGUGGCAACCAACUCCAGAGAGCAGAAAAAGAUACUGGCCAAGUACCUCCUGGAGACGUCAGGGAGCUUGGAGGGUCUGGAGUAUAAACUCCACGACUUCGGCUACAGGGGUGUGUCAUCUCAAGAGACUGCUGGUAUUGGAGCUUCGGCCCAUUUGGUUAACUUCAAGGGAACAGACACCGUCGCCGGGAUCGGAGUCAUUAAGAAGUACUACGGUACCAAGGACCCGGUUCCGGGCUUCUCAGUGCCAGCUGCAGAGCACAGCACCAUCACAGCGUGGGGGAAGGACCAUGAGAAAGAUGCCUUUGAGCACAUCGUGAAGCAGUUUCCCAACGUCCCCGUGUCGAUAGUCAGUGACAGCUACGACAUCUACAACGCCUGUGAGAAGAUCUGGGGGGAGGACCUACGGGCGCUGAUAGAGACUCGCAGCGCCGAUGCUCCGCUGGUCAUUCGACCGGACUCUGGAAACCCGCUUGACACAGUUCUGAAGGUUUUGGAGAUCCUGGGUAAGAAGUUUCCUGUUCAGGAGAACUCUAAAGGGUACAAAGUUCUGCCCCCGUACAUCCGAGUCAUCCAAGGAGACGGGGUGGACAUCAACACGCUGCAGGAGAUAGUGGAGGGGAUGAAGCAGCACCGGUGGUCCAUCGAGAACAUCGCCUUCGGAUCCGGAGGGGCUCUGUUGCAAAAACUGACCAGAGAUCUGCUCAACUGCUCGUUCAAGUGCAGCUACGUGGUGACCAAUGGACUGGGGGUGAACGUGUUCAAGGAUCCUGUGGCCGACCCCAACAAGAGGUCAAAGAAAGGUCGCUUGUCUCUGCACCGGAAAUCCAACGGAGAUUUUGUCACUCUCGAGGAGGGCAAAGGAGACCUGGAGGAGUACGGCGAGGACCUUCUGCACACCGUCUUUUAUAACGGCGAGAUUGUGAAGACGUACACAUUCGAUGAUGUCAGAGACAAUGCAAAGCUCAAAGAGUGCGAGCUUGAGGAGCUGUUGCACUGAGUGCAGUCUUCCUGAACCCCACCCACCUCCACCACCAUACUCUCCCCUUUGAAUCUUUCACCUCUUUGCCUCCAACAUGGCCGUAAACGAAGGACGUGUGCGCACUAAUAGACCCCACUUCCAAAUUCUCCGAAUCCCUCGAAAUGCUAAUGACAGAUUUGUCCCUAAAUUUAUCACAGGGAAUAAAGAAGGAGUCAGAUCCUGUUAGAAAGCGAGCAGUUGCACCUUUGGACUCCAGCGUGUGGCGCUGCUGCAGUAGGAAGAGUAAACCGGCCGGGUCCUGACUGAAAGUAUGAAGCCACACCAUCUGUGAUCGUCUGUGUGUUCUGUAGAGCUGCUCCUCCUACACAUCUCAGUCCACUUAUCUGUGUCUUCUGUGUGAAGGAAGAACGUGCUGAUUGUGUUAGACUGCCGUGCACUUGAUCAUCAUCAUUAUAGUAAUAUAUCUUCAGCUUGGUAGCAGGUGAUCAUAACAGGUUGUGAAAUGAUCCCUUUUUUUGAUUGGUCUGAUAUUCUGCCAAAACAAAUUCUAGCUAAAGGUUUUUGUAUGAUCACGUCUUUGCCAUUAACUCGCCCAGAGUGCAUUUACGCCUCAAAAUCACUCGUUUUCUUUGUUUUUCGCUUCUCGGAUCCGUUUGUGAUGUUUAAAAUGUUCGAUUUCAAAUUGUUAGCUAGAAAAUAUUAAAUUAUAGCGUUUGUAAUUAGAUGAUUGAAGGACUCACUUUGUUGUUGUUUCUGGGAUCGGAGCUUUUAUGAAGGGGAAUUUUUCCGUGAAAGACCAAGAGAAUAUAUAUAUAAACAAAUCAUCUCAUAAGUCAUCCUCACUGGAAUGAAGAUGAUCGUGUGUUUAAUGUCUGUUCUGAUGUGUGUGUGUGUGUGUGUGUGUGUGUGUGUGUGUGUGUGUGUGUGUGUGUGUGUGUGUGUGUGUGUGUGUGUGUGUGUGUGUGUGUGUGUGUGUGUGUGUGUGUGUGUGUGUGUGUGUGUGUGUGUGUGUGUGUGUGUGUGUGUGUGUGUGUGUGUGUUCUGACAUUAUGUUUCUUUAAAGGAUUGUGUUUGUUGUUGAUGGAUGGAUUAGAGAAACACUUUUUUAUUAUUUACUUUUCUGGCCUUCGAGUCUCCAGGACAAGCUCGGUGGUGGGUGUGGUCUCGUUUUUGGGAAGCUAACAUGUUCUCAGCAUCACUGCCUUAACUCACGCUCAGCUAGCUGUCAGGAUGAGGCGAUAUUCCCGGUUUGUCCCUGUGGAUGUGUUAAUUCAUGCCUUUUGGGAUUGUUUAUCCUGUUUUGGGGGCUUUUUGCUUCAUCUGCGUGUUUCAGAGGAGUUGGGAGCUGGUGACAUCAGAGAAAUCUUUCCAUUCACAAUUUGUACGAGUUGAUCACCGAUUAUAAAGAUUCUGACUUAUCUUUAGGUGGGUUUUGGUGAGAAUGGAAUAGCAGCAUGUUAGCCGGGGUGGAGCGUGUUAGCAUUCACGUCACAGCUCAAGGCAGACGUGUUAAAGCUUCAAGGUGAUAAUUUAUUCACAGACAUCCGUUGCAUCACUUCUUCCCCUCAGCAGCUCUGAUAUCCACCUCGUGCUUCCUGCUUGUAGGGAGACACCCGUCUCUCUCUCGCUCUCUCUCUCCUCUUGUCUCUGAUCAGAAACACACAAGCCAGUAAAGACCACAGCUUCUCACAUUUCCUUUGCCAUCAGUUUUUGCUGCUCUUUUGUCUCAUAACUUGUGGUUCUAACUCAUGUCCCCCCUUUUUUCCCACAUAUUGGGUGCAUUUAGUACAAUCUUGUUUUGGUAUUUUGAUACUGUCUCGGUUCUUACCUCAGAUUAAUCUUGUUUUGUAUGAGAAAGGAGAGAACAUGGUGAGAAACAACACUUUAAAUCUGUUUCCUUGAAAACGGCGAGGCCAUACUUCCUUCUCACUUGUACAUAAAACAGGAAGUUGGAGAACAGAGGGCAGGUUUAGGGAGGAUCUUAUUAGAUAAUGUUAUUUUUGCCAGAAUGACCGUUUUUGUACCAACAGAAAAUCUAAAAGCGUUUGACGAAGGUGGCGUGACCAAGGUCAAGCGUUUGUGUGUGUGUGUGUGUGUGUGUGUGUGUGUGUGUGUGUGGAAGAGUGUUGUCCCGUGUGAACGCCUUGUUGUGUAAAGGAUGAAAAAUGUUUGUGGAUACUUUUAUUUCCUUCAACUGUAUGUAUAUGUUGGUUGUUCCAAAUUCUUUCCCAACAUGGAUAUUUUAACGAGCAUAACUUGCUAUAUUGUCAACAGUACAUUGAUUAAAAUGCCACUCUGUCA